UAAAACUGAAACAAAAGUGUCGAUUUGUUGUACGGCGUGCGCUAGUGUGUUCAUAAUGUGAGCAGACAUGUGCUCCGUCAAGUGGAUACGAUUGUUCGUGAUGCUGGCAGCUUGCUGGGCGCAAGAGGGCGAGUGGAGCGAGGACGCUGAAGAUUUGGUGUCCACAGUCGAAGUGGAUGCAGUCCUGGGGCGCACGGCAUCACUCCCCUGUGACGUCACGCCCGACACGAAUGAAGACCGCGUGUACAUGGUGUUGUGGUUCAGAGCCGGGAAAAGCACAGGAGGAAAACCUAUAUACAGUUUCGACGUCCGCGGGCGAUCUUUCAACAAGGCACUGCAGUGGUCUGACCCGAAUGUCUUCGGUCCACGUGCGUACUUCGCGACUGUCGCCCGUCCUGCCUCCCUUACUCUUGACACCGUUCAACUUGACGACGAAGGCGUGUAUCGUUGCAGAGUUGAUUUCAAGAAUUCACCGACCCGAAAUUUUCAGAUCCGAUUAUCUGUCAUAGUUCCUCCACACCAACUAAUAUUAUACGACAAGUCGGGGCGCGACGUUUCCGGAGUGGUGGGCCCUCUCGAGGAGGGCAACGAGCUCGUUCUCGUUUGUGAGGUCAGGGGAGGACGUCCAGCGCCAACAGUAAUAUGGCUAAUUGAUGGCACGCCUGCGCCCCAAUACAUAGGAGAGAAAACUGACACCCACGUAGUCGUAAAUAAACUGGAGCUACCCCACGUCAAGAGAAGUCAUUUAAAUACAACAUUCAAGUGCCGAGCAUCGAACACCAACCUCGUCAGCCCACAAGAGAAGACCGUCAGAUUGGAAAUGAAUCUGAAACCGACGUUAGUCCAGAUACAGAACAAGCCCGUGACGUUAUCUUCUGAGCGGUACGUCAGCUUAUCGUGUGUGUCAGAGGGGAGCCGCCCCCCGGCUCAGCUGACCUGGUUCAAGGACAAUAGGAAAUUUAAAAGGGGAAAAAUAACAGACGCAAUGAACGACACGUGGGUGAGCAGUUCCCUGCAAUUCAUGCCUCUGCCCGACGACGACGGCGUGCAAAUUAAAUGCCAAGCGGACAACAACGCUAUGCCCGGACAUAGCAUUGAAGAUUCCUUCAAGCUGGAUGUUGUCUAUCCGCCUGUAGUAUCUUUGUCGCUAGGCAGCACCCUCAACCCUAAUGACAUCAAAGAAGGUGACGACGUUUACUUCGAGUGUUCUGUACGUGCGAAUCCAAAGGAACAUCGCAUAUCUUGGUAUCACAAUGACAAACCAGUGCUUCACAACGUGGUUUCCGGUAUUAUAGUUAGCACGAAGUCACUUGUGCUACAGAAGGUGACGAGAGAACACAGCGGGGAUUACACCUGUCGCGCCAACAAUGCCCUCGGGGAAACUGCUAGUCAGGCUACCCAUCUCAGCAUACAAUUUGCGCCAGUGUGCAUGCACUCCACGCCUCAAGUUUUGGGCGCGCAAUUAGACGAAGCGUUGCGAGUAAGUUGCUCCGUAACGGCAAAUCCGCCUGACGUCACAUUCUUUUGGCAGUUCAACAAUAGCGGCGAAAGUCUGGAUGUUUCACCGACAAAAUUUGGUACAGCUAACGGCAGCACGAGUGAACUCAGCUACAAGCCACAAAGCGAACGAGACUAUGGCGCUUUAAGUUGUCGAGGUACCAACAGUGUCGGCAGGCAACUAGAGCCUUGUGUCUUCCAAAUCGUCCCGGCCUCUCGCCCCGCGCCCCCUCGCAACUGCUCCCUCCAAGCGGGUAGCAACAAUACCGAGGGUGUCAGUUGGUUGAUCGUGCGUUGCGUGUCUGGCUACGACGGCGGUCUGCCACAGACGUUCGUCCUGGAAGCUCUAGAUCCCAUCACUAGCAAGAUUAAGUUCAAUAGCACUGUCAACGAAACAGAUGGCUUGGCUACCUUUAAAUUAGACCUCUCACAGAUAUCAGCUGGAGACGUUGAGGGCGCGACGUUUAAUCUACUUAUUUAUGCAAAAAAUCUCAAGGGAGACUCGGAGAAAACUCUGCUUGAAAAUAUUGCUUUCAACGACGCCGCUAGGAGAACGGAUGGCAAAAGUUCGAUUGGCGGAAUAACGCUUGGAGUAGUAGUAGCUGCUAUACUGGGAGCAGCUCUCGCCAUUGGCGGAAUAGCUUUUGCAGCACUUUGCGCUAGAAGGAGAAGGGCGCAUCCACCGCAUAAACAUCCACCUGGUGAUAUGUUAGAACUGAGCGACGGCUGCCGAAGAUACGUAGUGGCGUACACUAUUAAACCUUCUCCAGAACAAAAGACGCCAGAUCCACAACCAGAUAUACUGAAUGCACCAGAUGGUGAAAGUCAGAAAGGACCACCAGCGACUGUCGAGGCGGAUGAGUGGCCGAGUAUAAUGGACAAUAGAGGCGAUUGGAGCAAAAGUGGGGCCGUGUUCUCGGCGGAAGAUCUUGCUCUCUUAGAUUCCACCGGACGACCAACACAGCUCGCUUCUGGUGACAUGACUAACAUAAGACAAGAAGACGCUAUCAACCAAAACUUGUCGCAGUCAAUAUUAACGAGUAACUUUAGACCGAACUUCAUAGUGACUAAUAGUCCAACUUUAGGAAGUCCGAACUUUGUCUGUCCUAAUGGUAAUGUGGGGUCUCCAUUCGGCAGUCAGACCCUAGCUCUUAGUGGACCAACUUUAAGUUCUGGAAGCUUGGCCACGUCGACAUUGCACAGAACGAAAGGUAAAAGUAACGUGCGAAGAAGGGAACAUGUUCUAGCUGAGAAUUUACCCGGCCCAGAAAGUUGUGUGUAAAGGAAAAAGUAUUUAUUUGAUACUUGAAACUUUUUAAAUUUAAAUAAAUUUAUAUCUUUCCAAAAGAACUCAACUAAAACCUUAAUGAUUAAAUUAUAAAAUUUUUGAUUGCAAAAAUUUAAAGUAACUGUUCCAAAAUAACGUUUCGAUACAAUAUGACAAUACAAGUUUAUGUCGAAAAUUUUGAAAAUGUUUCGGCAUUUCGAUUCUCAAGAUGUUAAAAUUUUAAGACUUUAAUUUGCUCAAAUACCAAUCUAAAACUUGGAACAUGAUAGUACCUAUUUUCAAGACUGUAUAAAUGUGUAAAUAGUAUAUGUUUAAUUAGAUGUUUCGUGAAUUGUCUUGGAGACUUCGAUUUAUUGUGCUUGUAGAUCAUUUUAUUUGUCGAAGACACAUUGGUUGUGUUGUAAAUACGGUUUAUAUUAAGGUAGAAACAUAUUGUUAACGCCCUACAAAAUUCUCAUAAAGAAAAUAAAACUCAACGGUUAGAAAAUGAAUGUCCUAAGGGAAUGUUUUGUAUAGAUUUGUCAGAUAAGGUUAGUCGUUCGCUUGUAAGUUUUUGUUGCUAGAGUUUCUUCGUUGAGUGUUUCAAGAACUCUCGGUGGAACUAUUGAAGUUAUAUAAGAAGUCAAACUAGAAACUUUUUUUUUAUAAUUACAAAGUGUUAAUAAAUCAUAUUUGAAAAUUAUAUUUUCCAAAUAAUUUUGUACUGUAACUGUAAUUUAU